AUGCGUAAUGAACGCGAGCUAACGUACAAAUGGGGAAAAUUAAGCUUGGCUUCAAAAAUCCAUGGACUGGCUGAACGAUUACAACAGUUGGGUAAAAGUUCUGGAGACUCUGCUGAUGGAAGUGAAAAAGGAUCGAGAAGCCGCACUGGGAGCGUACAUCCAAUGUUCUCUGUGACCACGCACCCUUCAUACUCAUCUCAUGAACUGUGUCUGGACCGACGAAACGAAACCAGUCCUAGUCACAGUCAAAUGUCCAGAAACUCCAGCAGGAAGAGCAGUAAUUCGCUUCGCGUAAAUCAAUCUACUAAAAUUGAAGACUUCAAACAUUUAAUGCGCCGUCCGUCUACUUUAGAAGUACAUACCGCCAGGGUCUCUUUAAAGGAUAUAGUGUGUUAUCUUUCUUUAUUAGAAGCUGGACGACCAGAAGAUAAAUUAGAAUUCAUGUUCCGGUUAUACGACACCGAUGGCAACGGCGUGCUGGACACCAACGAGAUGGACUGUAUUGUCAACCAAAUGAUGACGGUGGCCGAGUAUCUCGGUUGGGAGACUUCAGAGCUUAGACCGAUUCUGCAAGACAUGAUGGUGGAGAUAGAUUAUGAUGCCGAUGGAACUGUUUCUCUCGACGAAUGGAAAAGAGGAGGUAUGACUACUAUUCCAUUGUUAGUGCUUUUGGGCCUUGACACAAACGUUAAAGAGGACGGUGAACACGCGUGGAGACUGAAGCACUUUAAUCGACCAGCCUACUGUAAUCUCUGUCUCAAUAUGCUCGUCGGCUUGGGAAAAAAGGGGUUGUGCUGCAUAUUUUGCAAGUUCACUGUACACGAGCGCUGCGUGCAACGAGCGCCUGCGUCCUGCAUAGCGACGUAUUCUAAACGACGAGCAUCUGCAACUCUUGCACAUCAUUGGGUUGAAGGUAACUGUCAUGGAAAAUGCGCGAGGUGUCGGAAAAAGAUCAAAGGAUACAACGGGAUUACGGGUCUUCACUGUCGAUGGUGCCAUAUAACCCUGCACAACCGGUGCGUGGGCAGCGCUGGCGGCGCGUGCACGCUGGGCCGCCACGCUAAGCACAUCCUGCCGCCCACCGCUAUCCGCCCGCUGGUCCUCGACCGCCAGAGGUCUCUGCCGCACCGAACGCAACAAGAUCAGCAUACUCUCCCAAUAUCAAUAUCACUGCCAAUAUCCAUUUCUGCAACAGCAGAAGAAAAGAAGGAAGAUAAGAAGGAACCACGAGCGCCGCCCAUAUCAUUCCAAAUCACCCCACCUGAAGGCUCUUGUCCGCUACUCGUAUUCAUUAAUCCUAAAUCUGGAGGUCGUCAGGGCUCUAGAGUGUUGAGAAAACUUCAAUAUAUUCUUAAUCCAAGACAGGUGCAUGACAUCGCUAAAGGCGGCCCAAUGCAAGGUUUACAGAUGUUUAAAGACGUGAAAAACUACCGAGUAAUUUGCUGUGGAGGAGAUGGCACUGUUGGCUGGGUUCUAGAAACGAUGGACAAAGUUCCCAUGGAGACGCAACCAGCUGUUGGAGUGAUCCCGCUUGGUACUGGCAACGAUUUGGCACGGUGUUUACGAUGGGGAGGAGGCUACGAGGGAGAAUCGAUACACAAGAUCCUCGACAAAAUAGCCCGCGCAAGUACCGUAAUGAUGGACCGAUGGCAAAUCUACGUUGAAAACACCAAUGCUGAUGAUGCGGCCAUCUGCGUGAAAUUCCACACGGAAAGAGAACGAAACCCGGACAAGUUCAGCUCGCGCAUGAAGAAUAAGCUGUGGUACUUCGAGUUCGCGACUUCUGAGCAGUUCGCCGCCAGCUGCAAAAACUUGCAUGAACACAUUGAUCUUGUGUGUGAUGGAUUGUCUCUGGAAUUAAACAAGGGGCCAGCACUGCAAGGGGUGGCACUUUUGAACAUACCUUACGCUCAUGGCGGUUCCAACCUUUGGGGCGCAAGUGGAGCACACCGUCGCGGUCGUUUCCCUAACGCGCAACAAGACAUCGGUGAUAAACUUAUAGAAGUUAUAGGUUUGGAGAAUUGCCUACAUAUGGGACAAGUACGAACAGGUCUUAGGGCAUCAGGACGUCGUUUAGCACAAUGCAGCUCUAUAACAAUAACAACAAAGAGAACAUUCCCGAUGCAAAUUGACGGCGAGCCUUGGAUGCAACCUCAUUGUAAGAUAACAAUAACGCACAAAAACCAAGUUCCAAUGCUAAUGGGACCAGAACCUGAAAAGGGACGAGGAUUUUUCAAGCUCUUUGCGCACUGCUAA